AUGAAAUUUUCCUUAGCUUUACUCGCUGCUGCUCUUGCUUCCACUGUUGUAUGUGACGCCACUGCCACAGAAGAAGCCUCCGAAGAAGUCUUCAUUCCAGAAGACGCAAUUAACUUAAUUAUCCCAGUUGCUGAUGAUGAAUUCCCAAUGGUUGCCAAAUACGGUGACCUGCAAGCCAUUCUUGUUGUUAAUGGUACCACUUUAGAAUUGUCCAAGAAUGAUCUCUCCAAGAGAGAUGCUGAAGCAAGACCAUUUGGUUUCCGUUGGACAAGAUAUGGUUGGUUCGAACCAUUAGCUAAGAGAGAUGAAGGUGCUGAUGCUGGACUUGCUAAGAGAGAUGCUGAUGCUGAAGCUAGGGCAUUCGGUUUCCGUUGGACUAGAUAUGGUUGGUUUGAACCAUUGGCUAAGAGAGAUGAUUCUGGCUUAGCCAAGAGAGAUGCUGAUGCAAGACCAUUCGGUUUCCGUUGGACUAGAUACGGUUGGUUCGAACCUUUGGCUUAG